AGCCUGACUGCCACACCACACACACACACACACACACUUACUCCCACACACUCUCACUCCAACACACACUCUCCACUUGGAGCCAGAGCACUUGGAACCAGAAAUAUCUCCUGUCUUUGCUGUGGGGGUCAGCCAGACUGACCGUAGCCUCGUGGGACAUUCUCUCUGUGGGUUCACCUGAUCAGCCUCUGCUGGAAGCAGGCUUGUCUGUGUAGUGUAAGACUGGAUCUAGACUGUAUCUGAGGAGAGUGAGCGGGUCCUGUGCCCAUGUUAGAUACCUGCUGCUGCUGCUGCUGCUGCUCUAGCAGUGUGACUGGACGAGGAGUGGAACCACUCAUCUCAACUGUUUGUAGGCUGUGAGAACUAGCAGUUCAAGAGAGUAGCAUGCUCCUUUUACAGAGCCCCCGUGAGAUGAACCUGGAGAGGGAGCGCGUGGCGGCGCGAGGCCAGGACAUGGAGCCUCGUGUCGGGGGACAGCUGAAGCAGCUGGGGCUGGGCUUCCAGAGGAGCUCCACCUCCGACGACGACUCAGGCUGCGCCCUGGAGGAGUACGCCUGGGUUCCGCCUGGACUCAGACCUGAGCAGGUGCAACUGUACUUCUCCAGCCUUCCGGAGGACAAGGUUCCAUAUGUCAACAGUCCGGGAGAGAAAGACCGGGUCAGACAGCUUCUAUACCAGCUGCCCCCUCACGACAAUGAGGUGAGGUAUUGCCAGUCGUUGAGUGAGGAGGAGAAGAGGGAGCUCCACAUGUUCAGCCUCCAGAGAAAGAGGGAAGCUCUGGGCAGAGGGACACCCAAAAUACUGCCUCGCUCACUGCAACACACACGCUGUGAACAUUGUGGCGGGGGCAUCAGCGGAGGAGAGAUGGCCAUCUUUGCGUCCAGGGCGGGGCCAGGACCUUGCUGGCACCCAGCAUGCUUUGCGUGUUCCACGUGUGAGGUUCUGCUGGUGGACCUCAUCUACUUCCACCAGGGGGGGCGGGUCUACUGUGGACGCCACCACGCCGAGUUGCUGAAACCUCGCUGUUCCGCCUGUGACGAGAUCAUCUUUGCGGAUGAGUGUACUGAGGCGGAGGGCCGCCACUGGCACAUGCAGCAUUUUGCAUGUGUGGAAUGCAAGACCGUGCUGGGAGGCCAGCGCUACAUCAUGAAAGAUGGCCGACCGUUCUGCUGUGGCUGCUUCGAGUCGCUUUACUCCGAGUACUGCGAGGCCUGCGGACAGAACAUCGGCGUUGACCACGCCCAGAUGACCUACGAGGGCGUGCACUGGCACGCCACAGACCAGUGCUUCAGCUGUGCCCAGUGUAAGAGCUCCCUGCUGGGCUGCCCCUUCCUGCCCAAGCAGGGCCGCAUCUACUGCUCCAAGGCCUGCAGCCUGGGUCCGGACUCCCACCAGUCGGACUCCUCCGACUCCGCCUUCCAGUCCGCCCGCUCCCGCGAGUCCCGCCGCAGCGUGAGAGUGGGCAAGAGCAGCCGUCCGGCGGACCACUGGCGCCAGUCACAGCUGUUGAACCAGACCCCCGCGUCCGAGUCGCACUACCAGACCCCCCGCAGCGCGGGCGCAGGCCCGGGCAGGGAGGCCGACGGAGAGGGAGAGAUGGACAUUGUGGGCAGGAGGCUGGGCCACCUGGAACUGCAGGAGGAGCAGUUCUGGAGGGAGGGGGAGGAGCAGGAGGAGGCGGGGGAGGAGCCAGACAAGUGGGCGGAGCAUGAGGACUACCUGACCCAGCUGCUGCUGAAGUUUGGCGACCGUGGGCUCAUCCAGCAGCCCAGCGAGCCCAAGAGCAGCCUGGGAGCCAACCCCAGAGCCAGGUCCAGCUCUGCCUCCACCAGCAGACCCUCCGCUCUGGAGCCCUGGCUGAAGCCUAAGAGCACCUUCACCACAAUCUCCAACCCCAACACCCCCACUCACACCCAGAGCCACGGCCUGGGGCCGGGGCUGGCUGGGAAGAACCUGCCCGAGAUGUUCUGGGCCCAGUCUCAGGACGGGCUGGGGGACUCGGCCUAUGGGAGUCAUCCCGGCCCGGCCAGCGCCAGGAGGAUCCAGGAAGUGGACCAGGAGCGGGAAGGAGGUUCUGCUGCUAAGCCUGGGUUCUGGCUGGAGCAGAGGGAGUGGUACCAGGACUCUCUGGAGUGUCUCACAGAUGAGCUAGGAAAGGCUGAGCAGAGUGUCAGGGACUCGAUGGACUCUCUGGCACUCUCCAACAUCACUGGAGCGUCAGUGGAAGGGGUCAUCAAGGAGCGGAAGCUCCUCCUCUCCCUGCAGGAGGCCCCGACUCCUCCCGACGACUGUGACGAGAUGAGCGUCAUGGGAACCCUCAACUCCUCCCUGCGCCAUCACGGCGACUCCUCCCUCAGGAGCCUGACCUCCGACCUGUACCUGCGCCAGGGAGAGGCCCAGGGGGAGGAGCAGGGGCGACGAGGGGCUCAGGAAGUCUCUGUCCCCAGUGUUCCUGUGAUGAGGCGGAGCACGUCCCAGUCCCAGGCCCGCCCCCCUCAGAUGGUCAAGUUCACCGCGGAUACGGUAGAUAACGGUCGCUACGGCGACGUCCAGGUGCGCCAGCCGCCCAUGAGCGAGAGGGCGAGGAGGCGUGUCUACCACCCGGAGGAGCAGGGCCCUGGUCCCAGCCCCCAGCGCGCCCGGCAGCAUCACGGACGCCAUCGCAGCCGCAAGACACGCUCCCACAACGCCCUGGACCUGAUGCCCAGGCAGCGUGCUCAGUCCCUGCACUGCCCCGGCCAACACCCCCGCCCACCCCUCACGCUGCCCUACCCCCACGCCACCUCCGACUACUCCCUCCAGACCUCCAUCCAGCGCUCCCAUUUCGAUGGCGAGGAGGAGGACUGGUGCUCCACCUGUUCGUCCUCUUCCUCUGACUCCGAGGAGGAAGGUUACUUCCUGGGCCAGCCCAUCCCUCAGCCCCGCCCGUCCGGACGCUACCAGUACCAGGCAGAGGACCAGCCCACCAGGGUCAUGGCCCUGGGCUCCAGGACUAGCUCCGAGCGGAGGAGCCAGAGGGGCAAGAACUGCAUCAUCUCAUAAUGGAGACGACACUCUGGAACUACGGAACUGUCUGCAAUUCCUCCUGCCUCCUUCUAGCACUAAUGACUGAAUAGGUUAUGAUCUGUUCCUUUAGGCAAGCAUUUUACUCUGUCAUGGACCAAGAACUAAUGGACACUUUUGAGUGUUGGACACUAUUCAAGUCAACAUUUCUUGUCUCUAAUUAUUCUAGUAGUUCAAACAUUUUGACAACAAAAGCAUGUUUUAUAUCGCAAAUUGUAUAAACUAUUGAAAGUUUCCCAGCAAUACCGUUGUGUGCAUUACAUGGCAAUACAUCUCUGAUAAGGAAAGAUUCUGUAGUAACUUGAGACUAACCAAAAUAAUUAUUUAAUAGCACAUAUUAAUAAUGUAAAUAUUAAGUUGAGAUUGUGACUGAUAUUUUUUUUAUAUACUUUGGUUUUAGAUGAGUCUUAUGUUUCUGAUUUGUGUUUGGGCAUCACUAAUGUGACCAUUUACUUCCACACACUUUGCAGAAGGUUUAUACCAAACCAAAUGGUGCCACUGAAGCCAUCUGCUUCAAAUCAAAGUGCCACAACUUCAUGUUAGCCCAACAUCUACCCUGGGCUACCACAGUACACAACCAUGACGACUGACAUGGACAGAACACAUCAGUUCAGUCUUGGACCACACUUUGUUCUUCCCUGUAAUAAAAACAUGCAAUGUUUUAAUAAACACUCCAGAUCUUUAA